AUGACUGCUAAAGCAGGAGGUGGUACUGGCGCAAGCCGGUCGAGAAGAAACAUAAACGCCGACAACAAAGCACAACAGUCCGCCACGACACAACAAGAUGAAAACGUUAGCAGAAGCUCAAUAGCGAAAACAAUAAGCCAACCAAAAUUUAACAUUGCACCUCUGAUUUUAGAGGGAGUUAAAAUCAACAAAAUUCAACUGAAUGACAUCCUUAAACAACACUUAAGCGAUGUUAGAAUAACAGAUAUCCAACUGAGCCGUACAGGAAUUUUCACACUAUAUUCGGCUGACGCGAAAUCAUUCAACCGGCUGUUAAACGAAUUAACAGCAAUCUUGGAAAGUAAUGGUCAAGCAUCAGUCAAAGUAUACGUUCCUCGUUUGAUUCAGCGAAUAACUGACACCGAAAAAGUGGCUUUUAUCAAAAGAGUCGACCUUGAAUUGCCGACUGAAAGAAUAGCCGAAGCAUUGAAAACCGUUGGUUUAGAUGUAACGAAUGUUAUUNAAAAGAUUAAAAUGGCGAACGCAUCUCGACCAGAUUGA